UAAGCACCAUUGCUGCCAACGGAAGGAUUAAAUACCUCGAUAAAAUUUGUAGUUGUAUUCAAGUUUAUUUAUUUGUGGUUUUAAUUUAUAGACAUUGUUGACAACAUGCCUGGUUAUUCCGAUCGUGACCGAGACCGCGGCAGAGACAGAGGUUAUGGCAGCGGACCUCCACGUUUUGGAGGUAGCCGAGGUGGUCCGCAAACCGGAAAGAAGUAUGGAAAUCCAGGAGAGAGACUACGUAAAAGACACUGGAACUUGGACGAGCUUCCGAAAUUUGAGAAGAAUUUUUACCGGGAGCAUCCCGAGGUAUCUCGGAGAACCACACAAGAAGUUGAGCAGUACAGGAGAGCCAAAGAAGUCACAGUGAAGGGGAGAGAAUGUCCCAAACCAAUUAUCAAGUUCCAUGAAGCUAGCUUCCCAUCCUACGUUAUGGAUGUGAUCGGUAAACAGAACUGGACUGAACCAACACCCAUCCAAGCUCAGGGAUGGCCACUAGCGCUGAGUGGCAAAGACAUGGUCGGCAUUGCACAGACCGGAUCUGGGAAGACCCUCUCGUACUUGCUUCCUGCCAUUGUGCACAUCAACCACCAGCCUUUUUUGGAACAAGGAGAUGGUCCUAUUUGCCUGGUGUUGGCUCCCACCCGUGAGCUGGCGCAACAAGUCCAGCAGGUGGCAGCAGAGUACGGCAGAGCUUCUCGCCUCAAGACUACCUGCAUCUAUGGAGGGGCACCCAAAGGUCCACAGAUCCGUGACCUGGAGAGGGGAGUUGAGAUUUGCAUCGCCACUCCGGGUCGUCUCAUAGACUUCUUGGAGGCGGGAAAGACUAAUCUGCGCAGGUGCACGUACCUGGUUCUGGAUGAGGCUGACAGGAUGCUGGACAUGGGUUUUGAACCACAGAUCCGUAAAAUUGUGGACCAGAUCAGACCCGACAGACAGACCCUCAUGUGGAGUGCCACGUGGCCGAAGGAAGUGCGUCAGCUGGCGGAGGACUUCCUCAAGGAUUACGUACAGAUCAACGUCGGUGCCCUCCAGCUCAGCGCCAACCACAACAUCCUGCAGAUCGUUGACGUGUGUAACGACGGAGAGAAGGAGGACAAACUCCUCCGUCUGCUGGAAGAGAUCAUGAGUGAGAAGGAGAACAAGACGAUCAUUUUUGUGGAGACCAAGAGGAGAUGUGAUGACCUCACAAGGAGGAUGAGGAGAGACGGUUGGCCAGCAAUGGGUAUCCAUGGAGACAAGAGCCAGCAGGAAAGAGACUGGGUCCUCAACGAGUUCAAAUAUGGGAAGGCUCCCAUUCUCAUUGCCACAGAUGUUGCCUCCAGGGGUCUAGACGUGGAAGAUGUGAAAUUCGUCAUCAAUUUCGACUACCCCAACUCGUCCGAGGAUUACAUCCACCGUAUUGGCCGAACGGCCCGCAGUCAGAAGACUGGCACCGCCUACACCUUCUUUACCCCCAAUAACAUGAAGCAGGCUCAUGACCUUGUCUCUGUCCUCCGUGAGGCCAACCAGACCAUCAAUCCUAAACUCCUCCAAAUGGCAGAAGACAGAGGAGGUCGUUCAAGGGGAGGUCGCGGUGGAGGGUAUAGAGAUGACCGUCGGGAUCGGUAUUCUGGGGGCAAACGGGACUACGGUAGUUAUAAUCGGGAUAACGAUAGGAGUUUCGACAACGGACCAAAGAAAGUGUUUGGCAACAAAACUCAAAAUGGAGGCUAUGGGGGAUCCAGCAGCUACGAAAAUGGUAGCAGCAGCAAUGGUUUCAAUGGAGGCUAUAGCAGUAACGGACAGUCCAACUUUGGUGGUAACCAGCCUGGUGGCUAUGGAAACCAAGGUUUCCAGAACCAGCAGUUUGGUGCCAGCCAAGGUGGUGGACAGAAUGGCAUGGCUCAUCCUCCACAAUUCCCGUUUAACCCAACCCAGCAACAGAAUCAACAGCUACCCCAACCAUUGCUGCCCUUCCCCAUGCCUCCUGCCUUUUCCUAGUAAACUCAGUGCACAAAACUGCUUAGACUAUAAUUUAUUGGAUUUAUGUCCUGUAUAACUCCUGCAUUCAUUAUCCCUGACUGUAUGUGGGGGUUUUUCUAUUCUAUACAUUUUGGGAUUAAACAGUUUUGGGGGGGCCAAAAAAAUUUCAAGAAGUCUGCAGUGCAGCAGUAGUUAUGGUGCACUUUCCACCCA